AUGGAUAGUUAUUUUGGGUAUAAAGAAUUACAAGCAUUGCAAAAUUUAUUAAAUCCUCCAAAAGAAGAUUCGGAUUCCGAAGAAUUGUAUCAAAAUGAUGUUAAAAGAAAAGGUCCAGGUGAUAUUAAAGUUCAGAAAGAAGUUCCUUUGGAUUGUGUAAAGCCGCACGCUCCUCUUAAAAAAGAAGAUGACGAUAUUUGGCAUUCUUCAGAAGUAUCAACUCAUUCUAAUUUAGAAAUAAACGAUCCAAGAAAAGUACCGGAGUAUGAAAUCAAAUUUAAGCAAUCGGUGAAGACCGAAGAUAUUUUUUUAAAUAUGGGUUUUAAAACAACAGGCACUGCAUCUUGCGAGUGGAUUACCGUUUUAAUAAAACUUCCUCAAGAAGUUCAAGAAAAAAUUGAAUUAUCCGUUGAACCAAAUGCAAUUGACGUACGUAGUCCUAAGUAAGUAAAUAUUUUUUUUUUAAUUUAAAUCAAAGCUUCUCAAGGUUUCCACUUGAUAACACUGUAUGGGGUCGCGACCCACAUUUUAAGAAGCUCUGAUUCAAACAAUACAUAUUUAUUCUUAUUGGAUUUAAUAAUUGUUAUUGUAUGUAUUAUAAUUUUAAAAAACGAUUCAAAUGUUUAAAUAAUUAUUAAUUGUAAGCAACGUUUUUACAGAUACAAGUUGCAUCUUCCAACGCCACACGAGGUGGAUCCUAACGCAUCACAUGCGAAAUGGCAUAAUAAUGUCGAUACGUUAGAAAUCACUUUGCGACUCGUACGAGAAUUAGAUGGUAUUAACUUUUAAUAAAUACA